AAUCAUAAUCACCAUGCGGGGAGGCUUGAUCGCUGCAACUCUUCUCUUCCGCCCUGCUGCCCACCUUCUCGCGCUCAGGGCAGCGGUGCGGGUUGAGGCGAGUGUUGGUUCUAGCGCGGCGGACGAAGCUCGGACGAUCGUGUCGCUUCGCGUCUCUGCGCGAGCUCUUGCCGAUGAGAGGCAGCUCUUCGCAGAGGAGCAGGAGCCGGGCGGAGCCGCGGCUGUCCGAGCAGAGCGGGCUGAGCGAGGCGCGAGGGCCAAGCGCCCGCGUGCGUCCAAGGUCCCGGUGUACAAACCGUUCGGUCGGAUCCCGGCGGACUUUGACGCGGCGACCGUCGAGCGACUCAUCGCGAGGCGCGUGCAGGCGCGGCUGAAAAGGCACUACAACGAGGCGGACCGGCUGCAGCAGCGCGUGCUGCGGCUCGGCGUUCGGCUCGACGACCGGCGGCGCACUUGGUCCGUCCAGAAGGGCUGGGCCAGGCGGCGGGACGCGGUGGCGGCGGCGGACGCCGCGAGCGUGCGCAGGCAGCACGAGCUGGAGAGCGAGGUCGAGCAGCGGAUUCGGCAGCUCUUCUCCUUUUGGGACGCCGACGGGUCGGGCCGGCUCGAUCGCUCGGAGUUUCGUCUGGUGCUGCAGGUGCUCGACUUGCCGGGCAGCGAGGAGGAGCACGACGCGACAUUCGACACGUGGGACAGCGACGCGAGCGGCGACCUCGAUUUCGCAGAGGUGCAGGCGGCGCUCCGGGCGUACGCAGCCAGUGGCGGCGCGGGCGGCGACGACGACGUGCCGUUGGAGCUGCUCUCCCACGAGGACUUCAUCACGCGCGUGACGGCGAUGCGGGUCGGCUUUGCGCCGCGGGCGACGCCACCGCGAUGAAGGUAGGAGCGUUUGCGGCGAGAGUCGGCGUUGUUCAGUGCUCAGUGGGGGUGUAUGCGAUUGCGCUUUGCGGCGCCCCGCCGCCCCGCCCCCGGGGGGCGCCCGCGUCGGAUCUCUCCACACUCUCGCACCGAUCCCAGACAGGGAGCCUGUGUGUGUGUACGUGUGUUAUACAAAAAUGCGCUCUUCUUCUC